AUGAGCAUCCUUCUGAGUUUGGUGCUAAUAGCUUCUACGGAGGGGUUCUUCUUAAAAUGGGGUUCAGAUUCCGGAAGUCAGUCCUCUCAGAAGUCUUGGGUGCAACCGAUGUCGCCGUACAGAUAUCAAUACAUGUACCCGUAUGAGUCCAGAAAAAUAUACCAAGUACAACAACAACAGUACGCUCAACCCGAUAUGCAGAUGCAACAAAACAUGGCUCCGAUACCUAUCAGCGUGCCCGCUGGAGCAAGUCUCACGCCGGUUUCUCUCCAACACGUACAGCUCGUGCCCUGCAUGUGCCCAGUGGCGCCUGAAGAAGCGGACAAACUACAAGAGCAAGCUGGCUCCGGUCCGUACGUCGCGCAGACUUACUCGCAAGCUUAUUCCAUCCCACAGCAAAUGACGGUCGCAGACGCUCCAAAAACGACCAAUAAACAGUAACAUUAUACAAU